AGGAGCAGCUUGUCAAUUCGAAACCAAGCGAGGGAAACUGAACUCCUGCAACUGUGGCGUCAUGCCUGUCCGUGUGCUGUCGGAGGGGGCGGGGCCAGGUGCCCAGGUACCAAAACACCUGACGAGGAUUCCCAUCUCGGUCAUCACCACCAGCACCGACUGCUCCAACAAAACAGUCAGGGGGAAAGUGGUUCGUAAAGGCCCGCUGGUGUGGUUAGCAUCUGACAAUGCCAUUCUGAAGACUGUCAUCCAAGAAGAAGAUUCACCGCCAGAUUCCUCGUCUCAGAACCCAUCCAUUAACGUCGUUCUGUUCGGAGCGCUGGCCAAGGACUUCAAUCAAGCCGUCAGUCAAGGGGAUGUGGUCGUGGCCUCCGGCUUCACUGUGGGCAAAUCUCCCACAGUUAGUAGUGACAAGCUGCACCCCUGUAACCUGCUGCUGUCAGGAGACGACGCCUACAUCUAUGUGUCCCGCCUGCCGCCUUCUCCUGAUCCCAGAUCCCCGCUGGCCGUCAAGAGGAGCUCAGCACUCUCCGCAGAGGUUUCCAGGACGACCAAGGCUCCAAAAUACACGUAUGUCCGACUGUGCGACCUGAAAGCUGGAUCUGUAGUCAACGUGUACGGAGUGGUGGUCUUCUUCAAACAGCCGUUCAAGAGCCGUGGUACAGACUUCUGCUCCAGCCUGAAGAUCACAGAUCAGUCCAAUGAGAAGAUCAGCUGCACCAUCUUCUGUGAGAAGCUGGAGGACCACCCCAGAAUCUUUCAAAUCGGAGACAUCGUGCGCAUGCACAGAGUCAAGACUCAGUUCUUCAACGACUCCAUCCAGCUGGUCAACACCUUUGGUUUCUCUGUGGUGGCGUUUGAUGGGGCGGAGGGUGCACCCAUAGAGCCUCGGACCUCCAGCCGCUCCUUCCACUUGGACCAGGAUGUCCGUCGGACUGUGGAGGAGCUGCGAUCCUGGGCCGUCAGCCAGGCUUUCCUCCCGACAGUCCCCUCAGUCCCUCUGUCUGCCGUUCAGCCCAAAGCCUACUUCGACCUGACCUGCCAGCUGCUGGCCAAAGCUCCCAUCGACACCACCUGCACCCUGCUGAGGGUGUGGGACGGGACCAGGUGUCCUCACACUCUGCUGAAGGUGAUAGUUGAGCAGAACGUCACAGAGGGUCCGUCCUCCUUCUCCAAAGACAGAGAGAGCCUCAUCGCCAACGUCCUCAUCUACGACAACCACGUGGAGUCAGCCAGGCAGCUGAAGCCCGGGGACUUCCUGAGGAUCUACAACCUGCGAGCGAUCCCAGGAUCCAGUAAGGUGCCGGGCCUCACUAGCAGCCAGUCAGAGGAGGUGGAUCACCUCGCUUUUCACCUUCACGGAGGGACGGCAUACGGCAGGGGGAUCAGGGUUCUCCCAGAAAAUAGCCCAGUCGUGCAGGAGCUUAAGAGAGUCAUGGAGGCCUUUCCAGAGGACGAUAGGGACGACUUUGUUGAGCUGAAUGACUCAGAGCUGUUGGAGGUCUGGAGCACUCCACCAGAGUCUCCUGGUGUUGGUGGAACAGUGGAGUGCAGCACAGAGAGAAGCUGCGGUCACGACACACAGCCGGUGACGCUGUCUGAGCUGAAGCGGUCUGAUCCGGGUCGAGUUCAUCAUGUCAGAGUCCAGCUGAGAUCCUACGAGCCCCGCAGACUCCAUCAGGCUCUGAAACUGUACUGCAGCAAGUGUACAUCAAUGCAGGACGUCCCAGAUGAUGAACUGGUGGCGGGUCUCUUCUCUGAAGCGUCCAGGGACUCUGGACCCUGCAGUCCUCCACCGUGGGCGCUCUCUGGACAGGUCACUGUCGCCGGAGAUUUCCCAGGAUCCCCGAAACGAGCACUGAGUGUUCACCUGUCCACCCAGCUCAUUUCUGAGGACAAAACUAAGGACCUUAUUUACCUCAUGGGUUCGACUCUGGAGGAAACGUGUCGACUCGCAGCUGGCUACCAGAACAUCAUUCCUGUGAGGUCAUCAGGAGGUCAGCUGGCUCUGCUCGACCUGUCUGCACCUUUCCUGUUCAGAGGCAGGAAGAGAUACUACGGGUGUAAGAGGUGCUCAGACACUGCAGUGAGGGAACCUUCAUGUGCUGAAGGAGUCGAGCUGAUCAAUGAGAAAAUCAUUGCAGAAGCUCUCGGCGUUCAGCUGCUGCAGUUCGUCCUGCUGAUGAAGCUCGAGCUGCAGGACGCCACCGACACGCUGCACGCCUUCCUGUGGAGAGACGCCGAGAGGUUCUUCAGCGUGUCGGCAGAGGACGUGGCAUCCAGUCAGGAGGCUCAGAACAGCAUCUGUCAAAUGAUGGACUCCCUCUGUCCUCCAGGGGGCAGCACUGGUGAGCGUCCGUGGAUGGAUUUGUGUCUGACAGAGUACCGAGCAGAGGACGACGGAGAGAGCCAAACCUGUUAUCAGAUCUGCCACAGCACCAUCACCAAACCACGCUCUGCACGGUCCGACCCCGACCCAGCCUGAACCACCUGUGGGUCAAAGGUCAACCAGAGUCCUGCACAAAGACAAACUGUUUCUACCUGUUUCUCUUUUAGUCAUUUUGUAUUUAACAUUUUUUCUGGUUUUUAUUUGUAUUUAUUGUGUAAAACAAAAUGAAUGUACAUAAAAAGGUGAAAAAUGCAUAAAA